ACGUUCAACGGACAAUCAAAAAGGUCAACAAUCAAUUUCCAAAUGAUUGAAUGUUAAUGGAAAAUUAAAUUGAUAAUAUUGAUCAGAAAUAAUAAUCUUCUAAAUGGUCAACAAUUAACAUAAGUAAAAAAAACAAAUUUUCUCCUAAAUCAUCACCAAUCAAGAGAGUAAAUCUAAAUAUCAAACUCACAAUUAGAUUGUUCUUAAUUUAAUUAUCUUAAUAACUAUUUAACUUUGACCCUCAUCCAGAUCAGGCACGUUUCCGUUAAUUUAUAAGUUACAAUUAACUUAAAUGUCACAAUCUAAUUUGAUUAAUUCAUUGAUUGUAAACCACGUAGCCAUUUCUAAUCCAAUUGUUAUACACCUUCAACAAUAAGAUUACAAUUAAAUGGAUACAAUAAGAAAAAUGAUAAAAUAUCACAACAAAUAACAAUCCAAUUACUAUUAUUACUUUUCCGAGUCAACUAAUAGUAAUUUAAUAUCGAUUGCAAUCAACUAUUUAAAGUAAAAAAAAAGUACGAAAGGUGAUCAAAUCAACUAUUAUAUGGUACAAGGAAUCAUAAUAAAUAUACACUUAAAAUAGAUUAGAUCAUCUAAUUGACCAAAGAAAAAAAGUUCUAAGUGUUAAUAAUGGACAAUACAAAUUCAUCGAACAUAGAGAAAGAAAAAAAGAGAAAAGUUCUAACAGAAAACAAUUACAAUUUAAAUCGAACCAAUUUUUUCUCCCUCUCUCUCUCUCUCUUUCUCUCUCACAUAAACAUUGCCCACCUUCCUCUGUCCUUGCAUUCAAUGGUCAGAAAGCCCACCGUCCACUUCCCACCCUCUUCGGCCGAUGAAAUAUAAAAAACAACAACAAACACAUUACCCGUUGAUUGAACUUUGUCCGUGCGUUUUGUUGUUUUUUUUGUUAUUCUUCAACUAAACUGUCCGACCUUCAAGUAAAUCCACUCAACUAGGACCACUUAAUAGUAACAAUUAAUUCUCAUUGUGAAUUGGAAUAACAAUCGAACCAGAUCACCUUAUAUAAGCUCCCGGUCUCUCUCUCUCUCUCUCGAAAUCCUCUCAAGCUUAACAGUCUUUUCAGUUCAAGUGACCAGACAACAUUGGAAAACCUUUGACCCUCCACUUCAACGAUCAUAACCUUAAAUUAUGUAACCUCUCAACUCUCAAUUAGUCUUCAAAUUUCACAAUCUAAUGAAAAAGUUUUCCUAUUCAUUCAUAUUAUUUUUGUUCUCUUUUACCAUUUUCGAAAUUCUUUUCUCAUCUGCAAGUUUCAAUUACUCAUACAUCAUUGAUGGUCAAUCCAAUCGGAUAUAAAUUUUACUCUCAUUAAUUGCUGUUAAUUUCAACUAUUUGGUCAGUUAUUUUCUCAUCAUUCAAUAUUAACUCUAUUCUUGUUUACAUUUGAUUCAGUAAAACAUGAUGUGUACUCUGAUUUCUUUAAUGUAUUGAUCAGCCUCUUCUUCAUUCAUAAACUUUUAAAUUGGUUUACCUACUUGUGUUUGUCUAAUUGACACAUCAUGUUUACUGUGUUAAUUAAUUGCUGUUAAUGAGAGAAGACAAUUUAACCCAUUGAAUGGCCUCUAAUAUGAAACAUGGUCACCAACAUUUUCUCAACAAUUUGUUUCUCCUUAAUUAUGUGUUAUUAUUGUGCUCCAAUGUUUGAUAAUCAUUUAAAAAGUAAUUCACCUUUAAUCAGUGACCACAGAUUAAAAAUUCAUCAUCUUUAACACAAUUUUCUAGUUAUUCAAAUUCUAAAUGUCAACAAUCAAAUAAAAGCCAAGAAAAUGAGAACUCAAUACCUGAAGAAGUGUUGAUAGGGUUGAGUCGAAUUAAAAGUUUCGACCAACUAAUGGACUAUUUACCAUUCGAAUCAACUAAUCAAAGUAAAAAUUUUCCAUUAUCAAAAUCCAGGAAUAAACGAAAGCCUCGAAACAUAAUGAAGAAAUCUAAAUCACAAUGGUUGGAUCAUUUUCCCGGAACUUGUUCACCAGAGAAUCAGACUAAAGUAAUCAAAGCUUCUCAAGGUAAAUCUGAAAUCUUUUUCCCUGGUUGCAUUAAAAUACCUCAAUGUUCAGGAUGUUGUCCAAGUGAUCGUUUAACCUGUCAACCGAUUAAUACAUCCAAUAUUUCAAUUGAGGUGAUGGUUCUUCGAUAUAUACCUCAUUCUCGUCAAUUUAAAUACGCUGGAAGGCAACGAUUUACUUUCGAGGGUCACAAUCAAUGUGAAUGUAAAUGUAUCCAAAAGGAAACCGAUUGUACGUUCGGUCAAUUGUACAAAAAGGAGGAAUGUCGAUGUGUUUGUCGCGAUCUAUCAAAUUUGUCCGAAUGUACCUCCAAUUCAGCCAAAUAUUGGGAUUCGUCGUCGUGCUCAUGUAAAUGUCUCCAUCAUCACAAAUGUUCAUCUGGAUUACAUUUCAACGAGAAAACUUGUAGUUGUGAUACUAAUUAUUACAAUGGUUCAAAGUUUUAUCAAUUUGGAUCAACUAAUAUUCAUAAUCAAUUGAUGGAUCAAGUUAACAGUUUGAAUAACAGUAAAAAAAACGCUCCAUCACCAACGACAACGCAAUUGGAUUCUUCUGAUGGUUUUAAUUUACUCUCUGGAAAUAAUCAAGAUGAAGAAUUUAAUGAAAUGGAUAAACUACAUCGAUCAUUGGGUUAUCAAGGAAUCAAUCCUUCUUCGUCAACUGUACCAUAAUCAUCUUAAUUAAAAGUAUAAAUGAUUCGUUUUUGGCAAGAAUAACAGUUAAAUUGGUAACAAAAGGCAUCUCUCAUAAGGAAAGACAAAUUAAUUCAAUCAGAUUAACAAUCUAUUCAAUUUAGUUUACACUAUUCAGCUUAUGGGAUAAGAUCAAUUGUUCACUGUGAUAUCUGUUUCAUGAUAAUUAUUCAAAUGGAUUACAAUUAGUUAGCAAACUGAUGGUAAUAAUUUACAUGGUGACGGAGCUUUUUCAGUCUCAUUCGCAUUCAAUGAGGAAAAUAUUGACAAAUUAUCAAUAAAAAAUGUCACAAAUUAUGAUCAAUUACUUGAAAUAGUUUGUUGAUUAGCUGAUCACUUGUUUUCCUGAUCUAAUUUGAUGUUAACAAAGUAAAGAUUGAGGACAC